GCCUCAGCAGCCUCAGCCCCGGGGUUAGGUUCAAUCAAAAUGAACACAGCUUCCGGUCAAUGCUGCCGUGGCAACGCUCUCCACCAGCCAAUCAUGCCUCAUGGUUUUCUCGAUUUUAGUUUCGCGCCGAGGUAAUCUGUCCAAUCAUAGCUCAGCUGCAACGAGAUGUUGUUACGUUUCCAAACCCUAUUAUCAGGUUCACGAUGAUGCCAUCAGAUAAUGAUACGUGUUUUGGGCAUAGCAAACGCCCCCGGCGCGCCCGUCAAAGUAUAUCUACAAACGGUCUCAAAAAACAUGCCAAAUUUUUCCUGUCCGCUCUUCUUUCCAACCCUUGGGUUAUCCUGUAUCUAUAGUUCGUUAUAAUAGGGUGCUGGUCGCUCGCUCUUCUCUUCUGAUUAAUCUACCAGUCAUAUGCUCUCCCCCUCCACCUCGGCUUUCCCUUCUACAGCGCGUCUCGGUAUCCGUCAGCGUACUCGCCUCAUGAAAUCAGCACGCAAACUCGAGAAGGUCUUGGGGACUACCCCCCGUGUUGUCCCGCAGCCACCCACAGCUCCCAAAAAGCGAGGCAGCUAUCAUCUUAACAUCCAGCUUCCAUCUUCGCGGUUCUCCUCGCUCUUAUCUCCCCUUUUUUCGGCAUCUCCGAGGCAGGAGUCCUUCGCUACGCCAUCAUCGGCCCCAUUGACACCAGAGACACCAGCCUUCCAAAUCAAGACCGAGGCAGAUCAGCGUCGUCGUAAAAUCGAAAAGCUCUCCAACACAUUGGGCGAAUCACGUGUGCCUCCUCAGCUCGUGUUCCAGGAUGAGACAGGAGAGCAGAUCCAGAUGAGCGAGCCCGAGGUCAUAGAACGCCCGCGUCGUAAAAGCAUGAUUCCAUUUGGAACAUUCGCUUCUUGGAAAUCCCGUUCGUCCUCUGCAGCACCUCGUCCCCCUAUCGUCUCCCCGCGUGCUUCUACUCCCAUUAUCACCCCUAGCGCUCCUAACAGAAAUUCUCUGCCUGUGGGCAAGGUCUCCUUCGUGGAAAACAAAGAGGAAGGAUUUAAGCCAUUGCAGAAGGAGGAGAGUGUCAAGCCCUCGCGAAUGAAGAGGCUAAGCUUCAGAAGGUCCUUCUCAAUUUUCAACACCACUCCACAGUCGUCAUCUUCCUCCAGCUCUACUUCCCAAAUUCCCAUCAUCGUUCCACCUACUACUAGUGCUAAGGAAAAGCGUCGAUCUAUGAGGGCGCAGAAAGCUCUCAGUGCCCCUGGACUUGGUACGGCGAAGAAAGAGAGGAGGCAGGGCUGGAAUGCCUCCUGGGGCAGUGACGAGAUGCAAGAAGUCUUCAGGGCCUUGAGAGACAUGAAUUAGGUCACAGAUGGAUUGCGAUUCGCUACCUAGCGAUGCGGACUAGAAAAGGAGAGCUACUUUUCGUACUUUCGUCAUAAUAUGAAGUUGGGAUGAGGUAGGCGGAGGUGCUUCACUGGUGAACAGUAAUUUAUUCGAAGAAGAGCAAUUUUUCUAUUGCAUACCGUCAUUCAUUUAUUCCUCUCAUGUGACUACAAUAGCCAUGGUUGUAAAUACUUUAUUGC